AGGGCGGGCCCGGCGACCGCGGCUGCUAGGAACGGCCGCGCGGCCUCAGAUGGUGCGGCGGGCGCGAACCUUGGGCCGAUCCGCAGAGAGACCUUACGGCAGCCUCAGUUUCCCACUUCGGGAGUAAGCCCAGCAUGCUGGGCUCAAGCAGCUGCACAGGCCGCGCGAAGUGAUGACGUGACGGGUAAGGCCCUGGAACUCCGGCGCCGCCUGUCAGAACCGCGUCAUCCCUCGUCUGUAAACUGGAGCCACAGAUUCUGCUUUCCUCUGAGACGGGAUAUGCGCCCUGGGCCCGGCCCUUAGUCCAGAUGAUACUCAUGCCGAUGGCGUCAGUGGUGGCAGUGGCUGAACCCAAAUGGGUCUCAGUCUGGGGCCGUUUCCUGUGGAUGACACUGCUGAGCAUGGCUCUGGGGUCACUGCUGGCCCUGCUGCUGCCACUGGGAGCUGUGGAAGAACAGUGUCUGGCUGUGCUCAGAGGCUUCCACCUGCUCAGGAGCAAACUGGACAGGGCACAGCAUGUGGUCACCAAGUGCACCAGCCCAUCUACGGAGCUCAGUGUCACCUCCAGGGACGCAGGGCUGCUGACGGUCAAGACUAAGGCGUCUCCAGCAGGGAAACUGGAAGCCAAGGCCGCACUAAACCAAGCCCUAGAGAUGAAGCGCCAAGGCAAGAGGGGCAAAGCGCACAAGCUCUUCCUGCAUGCCCUCAAGAUGGACCCUGGCUUCGUAGACGCCCUCAAUGAGCUCGGCAUCUUCUCAGAAGAGGACAAGGACAUCAUCCAGGCAGAUUACCUCUACACUAGGGCCCUGACCAUUUCGCCCUUCCACGAGAAAGCACUGAUCAACCGGGACCGGACGCUGCCACUGGUGGAGGAAAUCGACCAGAGGUACUUCAGCGUCCUUGACAGCAAAGUGAGGAAGGUAAUGUCCAUCCCUAAGGGGAGCUCAGCGCUCCGCAGGGUCAUGGAGGAGACCUACUACCAUCACAUCUACCACACUGUGGCUAUCGAGGGCAACACCCUCACUCUCGCAGAGAUCAGGCACAUCCUGGAGACACGCUAUGCCGUGCCAGGGAAGAGCUUGGAGGAGCAAAACGAGGUGAUCGGCAUGCACGCGGCCAUGAAGUACAUCAACAGUACCCUGGUCUCCCGCAUCGGGUCCGUCACCAUUGACCACAUGCUGGAGAUCCACAGGAGGGUCCUGGGGUACGUGGACCCAGUGGAGGCGGGCAGGUUUCGGAGGACCCAGGUCCUGGUGGGACACCACAUCCCACCCCACCCCCGGGACGUGGAGAAGCAGAUGCAGGAGUUCACACAGUGGCUCAAUUCGGAGGACGCCAUGAACCUGCACCCGGUUGAGUUCGCAGCCUUAGCCCAUUACAAACUGGUGUACAUCCACCCUUUCAUCGAUGGCAAUGGGAGGACCUCCCGCCUGCUGAUGAACCUGAUCCUGAUGCAGGCAGGGUACCCGCCCAUCACCAUACGCAAGGAGCAGAGGUCAGAGUACUACCAUGUGCUGGAAGUCGCCAACGAGGGUGACGUGCGGCCAUUCAUCCGCUUCAUAGCCAAGUGUACGGAAGUCACACUGGACACAUUGCUCCUCGCCACCACCGAGUACUCUGCAGCACUGCCAGAAGCCCAGCCCAACCACUCUGGGUUCAAGGAGACACUUCCUGUGAGGCCUUAACCACCAGCCCUCCCAUGGCGCCCUGAGAAGGCCUUUCUAGAAACAGUUCUCCCCAGUAGCAAAAGGAGACCCUUAAACAUUCUUUACCUCCAGGUGUUUUUCAGUUGAGAAAGAAAACUAAAUUAUUAAGCCUGUCUUUAGGAUAAUUUAUAGUUCAGCCAAGUUAUUUAUUUUUUUACCUUUUUGGUGAGCUAGAGGUGCUGAGACCAACCCUUAUGGUGACCCCAGCACCCAGUAGGGCAGCAGUGCUUUCCUAAUGUCCUGAGCCUGGGUGCCUAGACAGAAUUUGCACUAAGGGUGGAGGCAGGGAGCCAGAUCUGUGACAUGGAGCCCAGGGCCACAGGGGUCACUGGAUACCUUGGAGGUCCUGUGACCUCAGAAGGCAGAACUGCCCUGCGCUGAGGCCGGCCUUCACUCCUGAGAGGCUGUGGCAGCAGCUUCCACAGCAGGCAGCGCAGCCCUUGGACACAGGAAGCCAACGUUGCCAUCUCCGUAGUUGACUGCAGAUUCCAGGGACCCCCUGAGCUACUAACUUUUAACCUGAGUGCCAGGGGGUGGUACUUCCCUACCCAGCCUGUUCUGAGGGCAGAGGGCGGGCAGCAUGGCUCUUUCUUAUCUUUGUCCUGGACUUCACUCGCAUCCGCUGAGGCUGAAAGCUCUCCAUGCUUGACAACCUACCCCAUCACGCCACAGGGCGGGUUUGCCUUCACCUCCCACUCAGUCUCCUGCACAGAGACCUUAAGGGUCCUGUGAGGACCUGGAGGUGAGGUAGAACACUACCCAGCAUGCACCACACCCUAGGCACCUCCCUUAACAUUACAAGGGAAUGUGUCUGAAGUACCACGCCAAACCCAAACAAGCAGUUCUGAUAAGAGUUAAAACGAGCAAACACCCGUGUCCACAACCUGGCCUCUCCCCUUCUGCCCUGUGGUUUUAAACCCUCUUCCCCUCUAACGCCACCACAGGGUCCAGCGUCCCCACGGGUAUGUAGACUGUCUUGGAGUGGCCUUGUUCUAGUGACUUGUGAAGUGAUGGUGUCGCGUCUGAUAGACACGUUUCCAGUUGUCCUCUUAGAAGACAAUAAACGCUCUUCAAUCAUUUAUGGCUAAGCGCCAGUUUGAUUGCUGCUAUUCAGUCGCCAUGGCCAAGUCACUGGACCGUGUUCUGGGACGGCCUCCUCUGUCCCAGCAUGCUGUGCUUUGAAUGGUAAACCAGCUGCCAACCCAUGUAUCCAGCGUCUAGAAAGAUACCCCAGCAGUUUUCUGACGGAUUGAGAAAAAUGUGUGAAAAAUGUGUGUGUCUGCAAGCGUGCCACACCACCAACAGCUCUGCAAGGGCUGGGUGGCAGAGUCACCCGGCAGAUGUCACCCAGAGACACUGCAUCGAUUGCAGCCCCAAGCUCCCAGCUCUUCUCUGCACACCAAAUCUCACGGGAGGCUCACUUUGGCCUGUGGUGAGAACCUGCACUUUAGCUACGUGUGAAAAUAUUUUAACAAGUUCCUGGUUCUAAUAAAGUAUUUUAUUACAUAA